AACACAGACGCACACAGCGUGACUUCAGCGCGCGGAUACACUGGAAAAAUCAGGAGGAUUUUUUUAGGAUUCAUGGAUGAACUCAGCUCAAAAUCACACAGUUAUUUACAAGUUAUUUACAGUUGACACGCGGGUUUAAUGGACCGGACUUUACUUCUGUGAGCUAUUCAGUUUGUGUAAAUAAACUUUCUUCAUCAUAUGAGUUCCGAUGGGACAUUUCGGGUGAUUAAAACGUCAGGUGCACGAGGACUGAAACAGACACUAUGUAACAAACACAGGUGGACAUGAUGAUAAAUGUAAAGACUGGAGACUGUUGAGUUUGGAUCAGAGUGUUGUGGAUCAUCUGGAUCAAGAUGAGUUGUUUCUGUUCAGUCCAAGAGGAGUUUUACUGUGAGGUUCUGCUUCUGGAUGAGACCAAGCUGACGUUGACCUCUCAGCAGCAGGCUAUAAAGAAAUCAACCAAGGGUUCUGUUCUGCUGGAUUAUGUGUUCAGUCACGUCAAUCUCGCUGAAACUGAAUAUUUCGGGCUUCGCUAUUGCGACCGCAGUCAUCAGACGUAUUGGCUUGAUCCCUCGAAAACCCUCUCUGAACACAAAGAUUUGAUAACCACUGGACCUCCGUACACCCUUUAUUUUGGGGUGAAAUUUUAUGCUGAAGAUCCCUGUCAACUGAAAGAGGAAAUUACAAGAUAUCAGUUUUUACUUCAGAUUAAGCAGGACGUUCUUCAGGGAAGACUUCCUUGUCCAUUUGAUAUCAGCACCCAACUGGGAGCUCUUGCCAUUCAAUCUGAGCUGGGAGAUUAUGAUCCAUAUAAACACACACAAGGUUACGUGUCCGAACAUCGCUUUGUCCCGGACCAAAAAGAAGAACACGAGGACGCCAUUGAACGGAUUCAUAAAACUCUCAUGGGUCAGGUGCCUGCUGAAGCUGAGAAGAGUUAUUUAGGACUCGCUAAAACACUGGAGAUGUACGGCGUGGACCUGCACCCUGUGUUUGGAGAAAACCAAUCCGAAUAUUUCCUAGGACUGACGCCAGUUGGAGUUGUGGUUUACAAAAACAAAACACAAGUGGGGAAAUAUUUCUGGCCGAGAAUUACAAAAGUAUAUUUCAAGGAAACACAGUUUGAACUGCGGGUUAUGGGCAGAGAUUGCAAUGAAACCUCAUAUUUCUUUGACGCUCCCAGUAAGACGGCAUGUAAGAACCUCUGGAAGUGUUGUGUGGAACAUCAUACCUUCUUCAGGAUGCCAGAGAAUGAAUCUGCUUCAUUGACCAGAAAACUGUCCAAGUUCAGCUCUCUGGGCUCAAAACAUCGCUACAGUGGAAAGACUGCAAUGCAGAUCGGACGAGAGCCGUGUGUAACUCUUCCCCGACCGGACCUACAGGUGAUCCGAACCCGCAGUAAGACUUAUCCAAAGAGAAACACACAGCCGUCACACACAGGGCGGAACAAUGGAGGUCAGACGAUCACAAAGAUGGAGAACACGAAUGGAGGACAAACCAGAACAUCGGCGCUCUUACCAACAAAGAGUCCUAAAGCAAAGCCAGAGAGCACAACAGAAGAUCAGCCGAACAAACACACAACACCAUGGGAUGAAGACGCUCCACAGAGUGGACUGUAUAACUCAGCCAGCGAGCGGAACAAAUCUCCCAAAUUCCCAAAAGUUCACAGACGUUCGCCUUCAGGUGGCAGUGAGAAUGACAACACGCAGUCAGCCGGACGCAGGAGAGGUCACAGCGCUGAAGACCAACAAACCAACAAACACCACAGGAGAAGGUCCCGUUCCCGUGGUAACACCAGCAGUGGUAGCGAAUCCGAGAAUUCCAACAGGGAACGUCGUAAAAAAAGAAACCGGUCCCAUCAGGAGAAUGAGAUGAUCGACUCUGGACCGCAGUGGGAAGUCGUUCUCCGGAGACAGAAAGAAAAAUCGACCAACGAUUCGAACCAAAGGCGCUCGCGACACCGCUCAAGAUCACGAAGUCCUGACGUCCACGCUAAAGAGCAGCUCUGGAAGCACAUACAGAAAGAUUUGGUUGAUCCAUCAGGACUCUCUGAGGACCAACUGAAGGAGAUUCCAUACAAGAAAGUGGAAACACAAGGUGACCCCAUCAAAAUCCGACAUUCGCACUCUCCUAGGAGCUUCCGGCAGUAUCGGCGAUCCCAGUGUUCGGAUGGAGAGAGAUCUGUGCUCUCGGAGGUCAACUCUCGGACUGAUCUGGUGCCACCCCUCCCCGUCACACGAACCACUGAUGUGCCUGGUUCCAGCUUGAGCCCUGCACAGAAAAAGAAAGGGUCGAAGGACAAUCUGUCAGAGAGCUCUGAACAGGACACAAGAUCCAGUGCCAAGGUGGUGAAGACCGUACACAGCCCUCGAGUGAAAACUGAAACGUGAGCGACUUCCGCUGCGGACACGUCGAGGACGAGCGGAUGGAUUGUCAGAGGACUUGAGAGGUCAAAAUCCUGUGGGACCCUCAGGGAAAAACACAUUGAGUUCAUACUGCAUCCAUCAUAGUUCACACUGAGUUCAUGCAUUACCUGUCUGUGAGUAAAGCUUAGGGUUCCCAUUGUCUUGUGUGACAAACUUAACAAUUGACAUUCAAUUCCUGCUGACAAUCAAAUGAAGGAUAACGGAUUGAGAUGAAAAAACACUGAUCAAUCUGAAGAAGUGCAUCUGAUAGGAUUGUAAACACAUCUGCGUACAGUAUUAAACAUCAAACAGCACAGCGCUUUUUAUUCAUUCAUUGUGUAGUAGUUCAUGUGUAGACUUUCUGCUGUAGGAAACAUUGCUGCUGUAUUUCUUCUCAUUUGUUUUUGUACAAUAUAUUGUAGCCUGUGAUGAUCUCUGUUUAGAAAAACACUGUAGCUCAACUGGAAUCUCAACUUUUGGAUUAAAGUUCUUGUCAAUAAAUAUAUUUCAAUACAAUUACACUACACUACACUACA